GGGUUCCUCUUCUCCCAGACUCAUUACUUCUCUCUCUCUCUCUAGCUAGCUUCCACGGAUCCAAAAGGAGCUACAAUUCAACUCCAAUGUCGCGUCUGUGAAACAAUGGGGGCUAGCUCCGCAGUCUCUCUUGUUCGAUUUGGCGUUGGCACAAGUAAUCAUGAAUUGCGCCUGAAAAAGUGGACGAGGAGGCUGCUAUGGUUUGAUACUCGGAAACGAUUUAGCUGCUGCGCAGAUAUGCUAGCACCGAUCGGCCAGUCGGAGGAACGGCGUUUCGAGCAGAAGACCAGCGCACAUGGAGCCGGAAUCAAACCUUCUUCCUCCGCAAUGCCAUUUGCAUCUCCCAAGUCUCGGUUUGUGUCCAAGCAGGAAAAGUUCUACCCUCGUUGCACUCCAAGGCUUACUGGCCCUCAGUCCCGUGAUACUCCGCCUAAAAGAGACACUGGGAUUGCUAAUGAAAAGGAUUGGGGCAUCGAUUUGUUGAAUGAGAAUGUGAAUGAAUCUGGGAUUAAUGAAGAUGGCAGUACUUGGUUCAGAGAAAGCGGACAGGACCUCGGAGAAAAUGGGUACAGAUGUAGGUGGACUAGGAUGGGCGGUCGAUCUCAUGAUGCUUCUUCUGAGUGGACUGAAACGUGGUGGGAGAAAAGUGACUGGACCGGAUACAAAGAAUUAGGCGUUGAGAAAUCUGGUAAAAAUGCUGAGGGUGACUCUUGGUGGGAAACUUGGCAAGAAGUCCUUCAUCAAGAUGAGUGGAGUAAUCUAGCGAGGAUUGAAAGGAGUGCACAAAAACAAGCUAAAUCAGGAACUGAAAAUGCUGGUUGGUACGAGAAAUGGUGGGAGAAGUACGACGCUAAAGGAUGGACAGAGAAAGGAGCACAUAAGUAUGGUAGACUAAAUGAGCAGUCAUGGUGGGAAAAGUGGGGGGAACAUUAUGAUGGAAGAGGAUCUGUUCUCAAAUGGACAGAUAAGUGGGCUGAGACAGAGCUGGGGACAAAGUGGGGAGACAAGUGGGAAGAGAAAUUUUUCAGUGGGAUAGGUUCGCGGCAGGGGGAGACUUGGCAUGUUUCACCUAAUAGCGACCGUUGGUCAAGGACGUGGGGAGAGGAACACUUUGGAAACGGAAAGGUUCACAAGUAUGGAAAAAGUACGACAGGAGAAAGCUGGGACAUAGUGGUGGACGAAGAAACAUACUACGAGGCCGAGCCGCACUAUGGUUGGGCAGAUGUGGUGGGUGAUUCAACACAGUUGCUCUCGAUUCAACCCAGAGAGAGGCCACCGGGUGUCUACCCAAACCUCGAGUUUGGGCCAUCUCCGCCUCCUGAGCCCGAUCAACCGCAAUGACAUCCUUUCUCUUUGUUUAGCUUAUUAUUAGCAUAAUAAUAGCCUUUUUUGCCUAUCAUUUUUCGAUAAUUUUUGAACGUUGUGAAUUAUCGGUUUAUGUAAUAUAAUUCUAAUCCAUUUGAUCUCGCCUCCGUACUUCGGAAUUUCUUGCUCAAGUAUUUAAUUAGUAUUGGUCGUCAGACAAACCCUUCAA